CCCACUCCCCGAGGAGUUUGUUGUUCACUCUGAAUCCUACCAAUUAUAUUACAAGAGAGACACAACACCACCAACUCUACGAUACAAAGAUUUUGUAUGAAGACGACACAAUUGUCAAUUGUUUUAUUUUAACGUGUUUUUACCGAUAAAAUUAUUUAUAUCAAUUGAGUAUUAUAUUUAUCUCUUCCCCAUCUACCAACCAUGUGCCCCUUCCCAUCUUCCUCACCUCACCUCCAAAAAUAAACAGGAAAGAAGAAACCUCUCUCUCACAUGGAGGCUCCCCCAAAGCAGCACUUCCUGUUGAUGCCAUGGCUGGCCAUGGGCCACAUCCUCCCCUUCUUCCAAUUAGCGAAGCGCCUCGCCGACGCCGGAAUCUCCAUCACCUUUCUCACUCCUCCCUCCACUCCACCUCUCUCCUCCCUCUCUCUCUUCCACCCGUCCCUGGCCUCCCCCCUGAAGCCGCCACCACUUACGACCUCCCCCUCCACCUCCACACCCACACCCACCUAAAAACCGCCCUCCAGCCCUACUUUCACACUCUUAUCCCAAACGUAGUCGUCCAUGAUUUCAACCUCUACUGGCUCCCCAAAACCGCCGCCGAAUUCGGUGUCCCUUCAGUCUUCUUCAGCAUCUUCACCGCCUCUGUGGCUGCCUACUUCCUCUCGCAUACUCGCAAAGAAGGGAAUCCUCACGUACCAACCGCUGCUGAGAUCACAACUCCGCCACCGGGUUUCCCACCUUCUGCCCUCCACCUCUACCCCUUCGAGGCCGAGCAAAUCAUUCACGCUUACACCCUCCUCGAGUCGAAUGCCACCAUGGCCCACCGCUUCCUUCAGAAUAUCUCCGAUUCCGAUAUGGUCAUAUUCCGAUCAUGCAACGAGAUGGAGGGGAAGUUUUUAGAGUUCUUGGAGAAACAGCUUGGAAAUGGUUACAAAGAAAAUAGACGUGAACAUGAAUACAACAAGUACAAAAAUAUAUUUACCGUUGGCAUCCAAGCUCCUCGGCCAGGAGAUGAGCCACCACUGGUUAGUGGUGGUGAGGGAGGAGCCAUGAAACCCUGGGUUGAAGCUCUAAAAUGGCUGGAUGGGCAGCCAGAUAGAUCAGUGACAUAUGUGGCCUUUGGCAGUGAUUUUGUGCUUACAGCAGCCCAGAUAGAGGCAGUCGCACUCGGGCUCGAGGCGUCAGGCGCCCCCUUCCUCUGGAUCAAACGGACCCCUCGACAUGUGGAGCUGGGGGCCGGUGAUGGGUUGCCGGACAGGUUCGAGGACCGGAUCGAGGGGAGAGGGCUGGUGGUCACGGAGUGGAUCCCUCAGAUGAAGGUCCUGGAGCACCCUGCGGUCGGGGUGUUCUUCUCACACGGAGGAAUAAGCUCGUCGAUCGAGGGGCUCGCGUCGGGGCAGAGGCUCGUGGCCCUCCCGAUACAGCUCGACCAAGGGAUCAAUACGCGGCUCGUGGCGGAGGAGUUGAAAGUGGUGGUGGAGGUCCGGAGGACAAACUUGGAGGACGGAAGUGUCAGCGCAGAGAACGUGUGCGAGGCGAUACGGAGGGCUGUGUCGGAGGGAGAUGACACAGAGACAUGGCGCAAUGCCAAGGAUCUCCAGGAACGUGUAGUCCACAAGUUGGAGCUUGAGGACCAAUAUGUGCAGGAGUUUAUCGACCGUGUGGCCUUUUGACACGUGAAAAGGAUCUCCCUCUACAUGAGCAGUCAUAACGAACCUUUUUUUUGUUUUUUAUGUUUGACAUAUAAGUCGCAAGGACCAUUCUUGGUUUGCUUGUGUUUCUCUUUUUAUUAUUUCCUUUCCUAGAGUUGGUCUUUACCGUGCUUUC